UUAAAUUACGCAUUCUGCAGCAGUUGUCUAUAGUCAACAAGAUGAAUAGUCUUCUGUCGUUUGCUGUAGUUGUGUGCCUUUCUACUGUUUUUGCACAAGGUCCCUACAACAAUGGUUGUUCUUACUUGAGUGAUCCUGCAAAUGGUGAGGUGUCUGUGUUGUACAACGUUGCCACCUACUCCUGCAACCGGGGUUAUCAGUUGCGUGGUGAUGCAAAGAGAACUUGUGUCUACACUGAGUGGAAGGGCACAGAGCCGACUUGUCUACCAGUUUGUCCUGUUCUUGGAGAUCCCCGAAAUGGUGGAGUUAGUGUGUCUGCAUAUGGUACUACUGCUACUUACUCAUGCGACAGAGGCUACAAACUCGAAGGAAACAAACAGAGAACUUGUUCUUAUGGUGUGUGGUCAGGGUCAGAACCACACUGUAAGAAAGAGUGUCCCAACCUUAGCAAUCCUACAUAUGGUGAAGUGACAGUUGCAUAUAAUGUGGCCACCUACUCAUGUCGAAAUGGAUACAAGCUCAAGGGAGAUAAAAGGAGAACAUGUUCAUAUGGUGUGUGGUCAGGUUCUGAACCCUGUUGUGAGAAAUUGUGUCCCAAGCUUGCCAAUCCCACAAAUGGUGAAGUGACAGUUGCAUAUAAUGGAGCUACUGGUUCAUGUCAGUAUGGCGGUGUGGCUACUUACUCAUGUCGGUCGGGAUACAAGCUCAAGGGAAAUAGAAAGAGAACUUGUUCAUAUGGUAGGUGGUCAGGAUCUCAACCUCGCUGUGAAAAAUUGUGCCCUGAGCUUCGUGAUCCUGCACAUGGUGAAGUGAAUGUUGCAUAUAAUGUAGCCACCUACUCAUGUGAUAGAGGGUACCAACUCAAGGGAAAUAAAAGGAGAACUUGCUCAUAUGGUGUGUGGUCAGGCUCACAACCAGAGUGUGUGUGUCCCAAGCUUAGCGAUCCUGCAUAUGGUGAAGUGACAGUUGCAUACGACGUGGCUACUUACUCAUGUCAGUAUGGAUACAAACUGAAAGGAGAUAAAAAGAGAACUUGUUCAUAUGGUGUGUGGUCAGGAUCACAACCACGCUGUGAAAAAUUGUGUCCCAAGCUUAGUAAUCCUGCAUAUGGUGAAGUAGAUGUUGCUUAUAAUGUGGCCACUUACUCAUGUCAAUAUGGAUACAAACUGAAGGGAGAUGAACAGAGAACGUGUUCCAAUGGUGUGUGGUCAGGAUCUGAGCCAUCUUGUUUCAAAUUGUGUCGUACACUUGCAAAUCCUAGAUAUGGUAAGGUCAGAGCUUCAUACAAUUCAGCUUUCUACUUGUGCAACUCCGGAUACGAGCUCAAGGGAAACGUAUGGAGGGUUUGCAAGAAUGGUGAAUGGACAGGAGAAGAGCCGUACUGUAGAAGAAAAUGUCCUAAGCUUACCGAUCCUGCACAUGGUGAAGUGACAGUUGUAUAUGAUGUGGCCAAUUACUCAUGUGACUAUGGAUACUACCUCAAGGGAAAUGAAAAUCGAAACUGUUCAUAUGGUGUGUGGUCAGGGUCACAACCAAACUGCGAAAAAUUGUGUCCAGAGCUCAGCAGUCCUGCAUACGGCACAGUAACAGUUGGAUAUAAUGUGGCUACUUACUCAUGCCGGUAUGGAUACAAACUGAAAGGAGAUAAAAAGAGAACUUGUUCAUACGGUAGGUGGACAGGGUCUCAACCUCGCUGUGAAAAAUUGUGCCCUGAGCUUCGUGAUCCUGCACACGGUGAAGUGAAUGUUGCAUAUAAUGUAGCCAUCUACUCAUGUGAUAGAGGGUACCAACUCAAGGGUAGUAACAGGAGAACUUGUGAAUAUGGUGUGUGGUCAGGCUCACAACCAGAGUGUGUGUGUCCCAAGCUUAGCAAUCCUGCAUAUGGUGAAGUGACAGUUGCAUACGACGUGGCUACUUACUCAUGUCGGUAUGGAUACAAACUCAAGGGAAAUAAGAAGAGAUCAUGUUCAUAUGGUGUGUGGUCAGGGUCACAACCAAAGUGUGAAAAAUUGUGUCCAGAGCUCAGCAGUCCUGCAUAUGGCGAAGUAACAGUUGGAUACAAUGUGGCUACUUACUCAUGCCAGUAUGGAUACAAACUGAAAGGAGAUAAAAAGAGAACUUGUUCAUAUGGUGUGUGGUCAGGUUCAGAGCCAUCUUGUGUAAAAGAGUGUCGUCAGCUUGCAAAUCCAGCAUAUGGUCAAGUGAGUAUCACAUACAACGAAGCUACUUACUCAUGUGACUAUGGAUACAAACUCAACGGAAACAAGAAACGAACUUGCAGUGCAUAUGGUGUGUGGUCAGGGUCAGAGCCAUCUUGUGAUGAAAGUUGUGAUGAACUGGUUAAUCCUGUUUAUGGCUCAGUUCAAGUAUCAGGCGACACAGCUACCUAUCGAUGUAUUUAUGGUUACAGACUUGUGGGAAGCAAUACUAGAACAUGCGUUUAUGGAAGCUGGGAUGGGUAUCAGCCUCAUUGUGUAAAAGAUUGUUUGUAUCCUGGUAGUCCGAGAUAUGGUCAUGCAGAAGUUGAGAAUGAUCGUGUGACCUACCAUUGUGACAAGGGAUAUGUUCUACAGGGUCAGAAAUAUCGAGACUGCAGGGAUGGACGAUGGCGUGGACAGGAACCUCGCUGUACCAUUUCUUAUAAUUGAGUGAUUGCAAGAGGCUUGUAUAGGCUGGAUUGAUUGAAUUUGCAGUCAAGUAGUUUGUUGGUUGAAGAGUUUUGACUUCAGUUUUGAUUUACUCAAUAUUCUCGAUUAUCUUGUAGCUAGUGUAGUUGCCCCAAUACAAAUUGAUGGCAUCAUAUCAUGCAAA